GCCAUUUGAAAGCGCGGCUGAAUCUCUCUGCGCACGGAAUAGCCAGUUAGUUAUAGACAAAAGACAUCAUUUUAGUUAAAGGAGAAACAUGUCUACACAAGAAGUACCAGUGACUGCAUCCACGAGUUUCUCGGAGUGUAAUAUAUCUGAGCCUACACCUAAACAAUCCCAGCAGACUUAUCAACAAGCAAUCAAUGAGGUAAAAUUACUAAAAGUAUUAACCGACGAGGAAAUAACAGGACUGCCUAUAAAUCGUAUUGCUGAGUCGUGGACUGAUUGGGAACAAAAUCAACCAAAAGCCGAGGCGUUAAGUGAACUUUUUCAUUGUUUACCGUCGUGGUUACAUGAAAUAAAUGACAAACAGGAAUUCUACCCUAAUGAUAUUCUAUCUUAUAUAGCCGCACAAAGCUCAAAAAAUAUGGGUAGAGAUAUAGAUAUAUUGGUUAUGUUAGGUAUUGAGAAGGGAAAUAAUUUAGAAAAAAUCACUAAAAUAUUAUCACCAAAAUUUAAAUACGAAUUUAUAAGACUUAAAACUACAUAUAAGUUGGUCUCAAAAGCUAAAACUUCGAAAUCGGCCAUGACUUUAUCCAGAAUUUGUGAGAGCGUCCCACUAAAAACAUGCGGGUAUCUUAAAAAUCAUGCUAAAAACCCUGUUGUAUCUUUUGAACUGAUGGAAUUUAUCUGUAAGAACUAUCCUAAAGUGAUGAUGACGUCUGCUUUUGCUUAUCUCAUACCAAACAAAGAGGAAGAAUUUUGUCAAUUUUUAAAAAAGGCACACUGUCUUCAUCAAUAUGAGUUUUUCGCCAGAAUUUCCAGUCAGAGAUAUCCGAUUUCCUCUCAUGAUACCAAAGAUGAAUUAAUAUCUAAGGUUUACGCGAAAACUCAAGCAGCUAUCAAUAGGUCACAUAUGAAAUACGAUGUUCAAAUUAAGUUUUUAAAAGAAAACGAUUUAAUUGUGCAAGGUGAAAACGAAAUAACUGUUACCGAAGGAGUUCUAGAAGCAAAAAAUUUGUGGGACGAAAUAGUAAGACAACAUGAAAUAAAUCAAAUUAAUGAUGUAGACAAAUUUGGUUAUCUUAGUCUUCAACUAUUCAAAUCCAAGACUUGUCAAGAAUCAAUAGGUGAGGUAAGAUUAUUAACUGACGAGAAAAAUACAGAACUGGCUGAUAAAAUAUGGGUCGAAUUGGAAAAAAAUCAACCCGAAGCCGAGGAGUUCAAUGAACGUGAUCGUUAUGUACCAUCGUGGUUACAGCAAACAAAUUACGAACGGGAAUUCGACCCUAAAGUUAUUCUAUUUUAUUUAGCCGCAUCAUGUUCGAUUAAAAAUGAAAUAAAUAGAAUUAUAUGUAUGUUGGUUAAGUUAGGCAUUGAGAAUGGAAACAAUUUGGAAAAUAUCGCUGAUAAAUUAUCACUAAAAUCUAAACGUGAGUUUAUAAGACUUAAAACUACAUAUAAUUUGGUCUCAAAUGCUAAAAAUUCAAAAUCUGCCGUGACUUUAUCCAGAAUUUGUGAGAGCGUCCCAUUAAUAACAUGCUGGUAUCUUAAAAAUGAAGCUGAAAAUCCUAUUGUAUCUUUUAAAUUGAUGGAAACCGUCUGUAAGAAUUUUCCUAGAGUGAUGAUGACGUCUGCUUUUGCCUAUCUUAUACCAAACAAAGAGGAUGCAUUUUGCCUAUUUUUAAAAAAUGCACACUUGCUUUAUCAAUACCACUUUUUUGCUACAAUUUUGCAUCAGCGUCAUAUGAGUUCCUCUUAUGAUAAGGAAGAUAAAUUCAUAUCUAAGAUUUACGGGAAAACUCAAGCAGCUAUCAAUGGGUCACAUAUAAAAUACGAUAUUCAAAUGCAGUUUUUAAAAGAAAAUAAUUUAAUUGUGGAAGGUGAAAAUGAAAUAACUGUUACCGAAGGAGUACUAGCAGCAAACAAAUUGUGGGAUGAAAAAGUAAGAAAACAUAAAAUAAAUCAAAUGUAUUGUACAUUUGCAUAUGAAUUUGGUUCUUUUUUAUAAUUUUAUAGUAUACAGGAAUAUAGUUUUCAAUUU